GAGCCUGCAGGCAGCUCAGCUCUCAGCUUCUCCUCCUCCUCAUGGCACCAGAGGUCGCUCUUAUUUUCUUAAAGACAGUUCACACAUCUUUGCCUUCACAGACAUCCCUUAUCACUUGCAUCUGAGCAGAGUUUCACAGAAGCUAGGAGGUGAUGCACACAUCAUGCCCAUAUGAACUGGCAUAAAGAUAGAUGCCUUGGAGCAACGCAUCUACAAUCUAGACUACAGCAAAAGAAGACGAUCCAAGGCAGAAAAAGUUUUGGCUUCCUCAGAUCAUCCUAGGAACCCAGUGAACUCUAGGAGAAGUGACACAGGAGGGACCAGGACCUGUUAGGUUGGCAACAGGUGGAACUGUCUAAGGGAGCGUCAUAGUGAAGUUGGCACUGGAGCUUGGCUUUUCUCUCUGGGUUUGUCUUUAAGAAUUUUUCACCAUUACUUCAAAAAGUGAAGAAGACUUCCUAGCCCUGGCUGCAUCCAGGCUGAGCCGCAGGAAGAGGGUGAUUGGUGUGGCCAUAGGGGUGGCCAUGGUUCUUAUCCUUCUCGUAGCCAUCCCUUUACUGGUCAGUAGCUCUAAGACCAGCAGCCACUAUGAGAUGCUGGGCAGCUGCAGGAUGGUAUGUGACCCCUACACCCCCCAGACACAUGGGGCGUCCUCUGUCGAGUCCAGCCAGGAGUAUGGGCUCAUCUCCCCCCCACCCCACCUACAAGGGGGCAAACUGGACCAAGGGGCAAAGAAGGGGAAAUCAGGGCUCCGAGGAUUACCGGGACCUCCUGGGCCACCUGGUCCUAAAGGACCUCCCGGGGAGCCAGGGCGACCGGGACCUCCAGGACCCGGCCCAGGAGGCUAUGUCUCGUCCUAUUACAGCCCAAAGAUCGCCUUCUAUGCCGGGCUGAGGAAGCCACAUGAAGGCUACGAGGUCCUGCGCUUCGACGACGUCGUCACCAAUGUGGGGAACUACUACGAGCCCUCCACCGGCAAGUUCACCUGCCCCCUGCCUGGCAUCUAUUUCUUCGCCUACCACGUGCUGAUGAGAGGGGGGGAUGGCACCAGCAUGUGGGCAGACCUGAUGAAAAACACACAGGUUCGAGCCAGUGCCAUCGCUCAGGAUGCAGAUCAGAACUAUGACUAUGCCAGCAACAGCGUCAUACUUCAUUUAGAUGUGGGGGAUGAAGUCUACGUAAAGUUGGAUGGUGGGAAAGUUCAUGGUGGAAACACAAACAAAUACAGUACCUUCUCUGGAUUUAUUAUCUAUCCUGACUGAGGAAUAGGAAGUGCUUCAGACAAUAUAUUCAUGAACCCUUUCCUUGCCAGAAACUUGCAGAGCAUUGCUACAGUAACCCUUCACUUGCAAGACUUACAGUGUUGCUCCAUAUUACUUUCCUCAGUGGGGAACUGCAGGACAUACAGUAUGGAUAUAUGUUAAACCCUUUUCUGCUAGAAAUGGCUAUUAUGCCCAGUGACACUGGUAAAUAAUCUAGCAAAGGAGAGGUUAAAAAAAUUAUUUCCCUUCAUCUGAGUGACCACAGAAAAUUCUACCACAGGUGGCCAGAGAUCAGGGCUUUUUUUUUUUUUUUUGUCUGCAGAACCUAUUUAUAUUUGCUGGUUAUCAGCUUUUCAUGUUGGAGAUCAUAAAGAGUGUCCCAUCUUUUGUUGUCUUUGCAGGAUAUGGGAGCAUGGGGGACUAAACCCGGGGCAAAUAUCACAUAUGAAUAAGGCUACUUUUAUACUUGUGUUUGGUGGGGAUCCGUCAUGGAUCUGCACAGACAGAUGCGUUCAGAUAAUACAACCGUCUGCAUCCGUUCAGAACGGAUCCGU